GAGGAAAUUAUAUACAGUCAUGACUUUUAAUUUGAAAUAUAAGUUCAUAGUAACUUGUCUCGUGGUGGACUGCGCUGUGUAGCUGUUAGUUAGUGCCUAACGUUAACGUCUUUUCACGUAACUUAGUUGGAGUUAUAAUGGAGGAAAAAAAAUCCUUUCCGUCAAAGCCAAGUGUCUUUCUGGAGAGAGAGGAGAAGGGCAGUACAGUAUGUAAUAUGAGUUUUAAUGAUGAGAAAAAGGAAGAGAGUGGGAUUUAUCAUUUGUCCGAGAAAGCAGCAUCUCCAGUGCCUAGUUACGUGUCUUUAAAGAGUGACAGAUCCAUGGCUGAACCUCCUAAAUUCAGCGAUGAAGCAGAACAUUUUCCACCCAGUCUUUCAGAGAAAGUAGAGGUCUGUGCUGUUCACCAUCGGAGACCAUCAUCUCCACUAUCAGGUUAUGUGUCUUUAAAGAGUGACAGGUCUAUGGCUGAACCUCCUAAAUUCAGUGAUGCAUUAGAAGAAUUUAAAUAUGGCCACAGGGUGGUUCAAGAUCAGUCUGAGAGCCCACAGCUAUGGUCCAGUUCUGCUGGAGAUCAGCUGAACAUUUUCCAAUCAGUAGAUGAAAUCCUUCAUCGUAUCAGAGAGCAUCACAAAACCAGCAUGAAGCAGAAGUAUGAGAGCUUAUGCGAAGGAUUCAGCAAACAAGAGAACAAAACCCUCCUGAAUAAGAUUUACACAAAGCUUUAUAUAAUAGAGGGAGAGAGAGAAGGGGUGAAUGAAGAACAUGAGGUUGUGCAAAUUGAAAAAGCCAAGACUGAACGCUUACAAGGCACUCCAAUUAACUGCAAUGACAUUUUUCAGCCAGUACAUGAUCCAUGUUAUGGAAGAAACGAUGAGAAAGACAACGUAAAGACUGUUCUCACCAAAGGAAUUGCUGGAAUUGGAAAAACCAUCUCUGUGCAGAAGUUCAUUCUGGAUUGGGCUGAGGGAAAAGCAAAUCAGGAUGUCGAUUUUCUCUUUGUUCUUCCAUUUCGGGAACUUAACUUAGUUAAAGAUGACCAAUACAGUCUUCACAAACUUCUGCUUGACUUCCAUCCUGAACUUCUGGAGAUAGACACAAGGAUAUACGAUUUGUGUAGAGUCUUGUUUGUGUUUGAUGGUCUGGAUGAAAGUAGAAUUACACUGACAUUUUCGCACUGUGAGAACAUUUCUAAUGUGUCCACAAGCUCAUCGGUGAGCAUGUUGCUGUCAAAUCUCAUCAAGGGGGAGUUGUUGCCCUCUGCUCUCAUCUGGAUCACAUCCAGACCAGCAGCAGCCAGCCAUAUCCCCUCACAUUACAUCAGCCGUGUGACAGAAGUUCAAGGAUUCAGUGACCCUCAGAAGGAGGAAUAUUUCAGGAAAAGGAUCAGCAACCAGGAUCAAGCCAGCAGAAUCAUCUCACACAUCAGAGCAGCAAGAAGCCUUUACAUUAUGUGCCAUAUACCAGUCUUCUGCUGUAUCACAGCCACUGUGCUUCAGAACAUCCUGGAACAAGAUCCCAGUGCAGAAAUUCCUAAAACGUUAACAGAGAUGUAUAUAUAUUUUCUGAUCAUUCAGACAGAUGUGAAGAGGCAGAAGUUUGACCAGAAUGUCGAGGGAAAUGGGAAAGAUCUAAAAUUGCUGCUGGAGGCAAGCAGAGAUUUGAUAUUGAAACUCGCUGAACUGGCUUUCAAAGGUCUGAUGAAUGGUCAUGUCCUGUUUUAUGAUGAGGACCUGAAAGCGUGUGGCAUAGAUGUGAAUGAGGCCUCAGUGCAUUCUGGGUUUUGCACUGAGUUCUUUGACGAGGAAUCUGUGAUCAAGUCAAGAAAGGUCUACUGCUUUGUUCAUUUGAGCUUUCAAGAGUUUUUUGCAGCACUUUUUGUGUUUUCUAGCUAUCUGAACAAGAGCAGUGAUGUUCUGAAGAUGUUCCAGAAGAAGAAAGGGAGAAGGAAAAUCAAACCGCAGUCUGACGAGGUUUCACUGGAUGUGUUUCUGAAUGGUGUGGUGGAUGAAGCACUGAAGAGUGAUAAUGGACAUCUGGAUCUUUUCCUUAGAUUUCUUCAUGGCGUCUCGUUGGAGUCAAAUCAGAGACUUCUCCAAGGUCUGCUCACACACAUGGAGGAUGACCCUGAAAGCAUGACAAAAGCGAUGAAAAACCUCAAACAGAGUCAGAAGCAGAAUGUUAGAUCAGAAAGGUGGAUUAACCUGUCACACUGCCUGAUUGAAAUGAAGGACACUUCUGUUUCUGAGGAUAUUCAGGCUUACCUUAAAAAUGAAGGAAAAAGAAAAAUAUAUCUGUCGUCCGCCCACUGUUCAGCUUUGGCUAACAUGCUUCUGAUGGCAGAGGAUGUGCUGGAAGAGCUAGACCUCAAGAAAUACAACACAACAUCCAUGCAGGCUCUGAGGAGACUGAUACCAGCUGUGAGGAACUGCAGAAAAGCAAUAUUGGUAGGCUGUAAUCUCACUGAACAAUCAUGUGAAACUGUGGCAUCAGCUCUGCAGCCAGCCAACUCCCCGGUGAGAGAGCUGGACAUGAGUAACAAUGACCUGCAGGACUCGGGUGUAAAACUCAUUUCUGUUGGACUCAAGAGUUCACACUGUAAACUGGAGAUACUGAGAUUGAAAUACUGUAAACUCACCAUGCAGUGUUGUGAAACCAUGGCUUCAGCUCUGCUGUCAGCAAAUUCAUGCCUGAGAGAGCUGGACCUCAGUAACAAUGAGCUGCAGGAUUCAGGAGUAGAGUGGCUCGCUGCUGGACUAAAAAGCCCACACUGUAAACUGGAGAUAUUAAGUUUGUCUGGCUGUAAACUCACUUGUCAGUCCUGUGAAAUGCUGGCCUCAGUUUUACAGUCAGAGGGCUCCCGACUCAGACAGUUGAGUCUUAAUAAUAAUGACCUGCAGGAUUCAGGACUGGAGUUGCUCUCCGCUGGACUGAAAAUCGCUAAACUGGAAAAACUAAGGUUGGCCACCUGUAAUCUCACUGGUCAGUCCUGUAAAACGAUGGCCUCAAGUCUUCAGUCAGAAACCUGUCUCCUGAAGGAGCUGGAUCUGAGUAACAAUGACCUGCAGGAUUCAGGAGUAGAGAUGCUGUCAGCUGGACUGAAGAGCCCACACUGUAAACUGGAGAUACUGAGAUUGUCCAUUUGUAAUCUCUCCGAUCAGUCCUGUGCAACAGUGGCUUCAGUUUUACAGUCAGCAAAUAGUUUGAGAGAGCUGAACUUGAGCAAAAAUGACCUGCAGGAUUCAGGAGUGAAGAUGCUGUCAGAUGGACUGAUGAGUUCAUUAUGUGACCUGGAGAUACUGAGAAUGUCUGGCUGUUUUAUCACAGAGGACGGCUGUUCAGUUCUGGCUUUAGCCCUGAAUUCAAACCCUUCACAUCUGAGAGAGCUGGACCUCAGCUGCAAUCAUCCAGGAGAUUUAGGUGUUCAGCUGCUCACGGCUAGACUGAAUGAUCAAACCUGCAAAUUGGAGAUACUCAAUUUGGAACAUGAGGGCAAGUUUAGAAUCAUUGCUGGAUUACGAAAAUAUGCUUGUGACCUCACCCUGGACCCAGACACAGCACACACACAUCUGUCUCUGUCUGACGGAAACAGAACGGUGACGCAGGUAGCAGAAGAACAAUCCUAUCCAGAUCAUCCUGACAGGUUUGAGUGCUGUCCUCAGGUUCUGUGUGCUGAGAGUCUGUGUGGACGCUGCUCAUGGGAGGUUGAGUGGAGCGGGAAGAGCGGAGUCUACAUUUCAGCCUCAUAUAAAGGCAUCAGGAGGAAAGGACAGAGCGAUGACGGUGAGUUUGGAUCCAAUGACAAAUCCUGGAGACUCGUCUGCUCUGAUAACAGCUUUUCAGCCUGGCACAAUAAUGAGAGGACUAAAAUGCGUCCGCCUUCAUCCUCAUCUCGCUCUAAACGGGUCGGGGUGUAUUUGGACUGGCCAGCUGGCACUUUGUCCUUCUACAGCAUCUCUGACAAAAAUAAACUCACACACUUGCACACAUUUUCCUCCACAUUCUCAGAGCCUCUGUACGCAGGGUUUGGCCUUUAUUCAGGAUCCUCAGUGUCUCUGUGUCCUAUAGAAACACAAAAAACUGUGCCAAUGACAUAAAUACAUUUUAAGAUAGCAAGCACUAGGUUUACUUUGUCAUUUUUACUGUGUAAAAUAACUCUAGUAAUAAUAAAAAUAAAUGAAAUGAUAUUUCAACGGACAGACUGUUUUUGUUAAAGAGAUAGAGUUUCUGUCACCAUUUACUCAUCAUUCGUCUCAAACGGAUGGGAUUGAAAUGUAUUUUAAAAUCAAAUACCAAAUACCUCAAUUUUACGUGUAUCAAAAUAAACUACAAAAUACAGCAGCCACAACGAUUAUCAAAAUAAAAUACUCUAUUUUGUAUGUUGAAAAUACUGCAAAAUACUUCUGUAAGGGAGCGUGGCGUGCCAUUUUUUUUUUGCAAACCUUCUAUCAAUAGGCCUAUUGGAUCAAUCCCUUCACUAAUAAACUGACUUAGUGAAGUAAACAAUAGCCCCUUUCACACAGUGAUACCGGUAAAUAUCUGGAAAAUUUACGGAAGGACUUUACCGGUAAAUUUAAAAAAGCGCUGUUCACACGGGCGAGGACGUUACGGAAUUUUUCCGGAAAAGACCAUUCACACAUCCAUUCCAAAAUACCGGUAAAUUCUGACAUCAACCAGAAAUGGCCUCUAAACGGCUGGGCCAGUAUUUCUAAACAUUUGACUACAUUAAAAACUCUGUGGAUGGAUCAGUAUAGUGAACAACUUCGAUGAGAACAUAUAGAGCAACACUUUUGCACGUUGAGAUGUAGAUGAGAUCAGUGUGUGCUGGCGCUUACCGGCUGCUUCACGGGCACACGCGACUCGUCAAGCAACUGAAGGAAGCAGAGCUUAAAGGUAAACAAACAACGGCUAAUCAUAAGCAUCUUAUCGAUAAUUAUUUAAACUGUUGGCAUUAAGAUGAACAUAUAAACGUUAUCUGACUAACUUCUAGCAGUUAAAUGUGUCUGGGAAAAUAUUCAAAGGCUUUUAUUUCCAUAAACCGCGCGGACAUGAAUGUGUCUUGAGUGUUCUGAUUGGCUAAAUCAGACGUCAGCACAUUCUAGACGUGCACACACUCUUUCCGGCAAUCUUCCUUGUGUGUUCACACAGCGCAGAAUUCCAGCAAAUUACCGGUAAUCUUACAACUCUUUCCGGAAAAUAGCCAGAACGAAUUUACCGGUGUUUCCAAAAAGGG